AUGAGCUCCGACGUAAGAGCAAACAAACCCGAUGUGACUGAACUUACAAUCCCCGCAUUCCACGCCCUCCUGCGCGAGGGGCGGAUGAGGAUCAUUGAUAUCGUCCGUGAAUACCUCGCCCGUAUCGAGAAAUACGACGGUACCUUGCACAGCACGAUAGGCGCAGGCUUCGACCAUAUUGAAGAAAGGGUAUACCGUGAAGCCUAUGACAAGGACCAGUGGACUGUUCGUGCCCUCGCCAAGGGAAACACUGCAUUCCCACCACUGCACGGCGUCCCCAUCCUCCUCAAAGACAACUAUUUGACAGUAUGCCCGCUCACCAGCGCCGGCUCAAGAGCCCUCGUGUUCAUGGCGGCAACAAGAGACAGCGAGGUGGUCUCGCGCCUCCGCAAGGCCGGCGCAAUCAUCCUCAUCAAGACGAAUAUGCACGAAUUCGCCUUACAUGGAACGACCACUUCCUCAUGCGGAGGACAGACUCUCAACCCGUAUGAUCUCACUCGCACCCCGGGUGGCUCCUCCGGUGGAACGGGAGCGGCACUUGCGAUGAACCUGGGGUUGGUUGGAUGUGGAACCGACACGAUGAACUCGCUUCGUUCGCCGGCGUCUGCGUGCUCGAUUGUGGGGUUUAGACCGUCGUGGGGUGUAGUUCCGUGUGAUGGCAUCGUGCCCGUUUCCGAGACUCAGGAUGUGGCUGGGCCGAUGGCGAGGUGUGUUGACGAUGUACGAACUCUGUUUGAUGUGAUGAGUGGCAACAGACCACGCCUUGGAAGAGCGCAGAAGACCACCAAUGUUCGCAUCGGCAUCUUGAAUGCGUACUUCGAUCUCGAGAAUGCAGACUCAAGCCCCGAGGAAAUCACCGCCGAGAACACAAUCGUGCAAGACAUCGUCCGCAACGCCCUCUCUCAGGUACAAGACACAGCAGAUAUUACCCUAGUCCCCAUAAACCCGAACAGCCACCCAGACUGGCGCGUGUCAACCCUCCUCGCCAACGCAGAUACACAAGCCUUCGAAUUCAGAGAGUGUCUGGAUAUGUUCCUACAGUCCUCGAUCAUCAAGAAAACUCCAAGUCGAUCCCUCGAGGCCAUCGUGAAGAGCGGUAAAUAUGACAAGGAGGCCGUGACGGAGGUAUUCACUCUACCACUAUCAGACCCAGAGACAUACUGCCGCACAAGCGAGGCAUACCAGACCCGCCUGUCGAAUAUCGUAACGUUGAAAGAAUCAGUCGAGCAGCUCUACGAAGAAAACAAGAUCGAUGCCCUCGCAUAUCCGCACCAGCGACACCUCCCUAUCAAGGUAGGGCCAACCGUUCAGCCGGGACGGAAUGGAAUCCUUGCGGCACUGACGGGAAGGCCGGCUGUUUGUAUUCCUGCUGGAUUCAGCCCUGCUACGCCUUCUGCGGUUAUUGGUGUACCCGUUGGGCUGGAACUAAUGGGACAAGAGGGACAAGAUGAAGAAUUACUGGAUCUGGCAGAGUGCUUCGAGGGGAUUCUCCAGGCGAGAAAGCCACCGAAGUGGGAGUAG